CUUUAAGAAUGUAGUCAAAACAAAGCCUAGACGAGCCGGCUGCACGGAAGUAGCAUGAAAUGAGCCGAUAUAAUUAGAAUAUAUGUAUAUGUAUAUACAUCACGGUUUUGAACAUGCGGUUGGUCUUUUAAUGAUUAAUUAAUUAUUUUUUCUCUAACCAAGCACUUAGUAGUCGCUUGAACUUAACCGAAGAGCUGGUUAGCUUGCUGGCUAGCGUCAGCAACACAAGCCGCCAUGCCUCCUUACUCCCAACUGAAGAAAAGCAACCACUUCUACUACUUCAUCAAGUUCACCCUAAACGUGUAUUCCAUGCUGUUUUCGCUGAUGGGUCUCUGCGUGCUCUGCGUGGGGGUGUAUGCCGAGGUGGAGCGGCAGAAAAAUCGAACUCUGGAGGGUCUCUUCCUGGCUCCUGCUGUGGUGCUAAUCCUGCUGGGUCUGGUAAUGUUCACUGUCUCACUUGUGGGCAUGGUCGGCUCCCUCAGGGACAACAAGACACUGUUGCACAUGUUUCUUUGCGUCCUCUGUGUUUUGCUACUUCUCCAGGCUAUCGCCCUCAUCAUAGCGCUUCUUUUUGAGAAGAAGACAUCUGCCUUGUUUCAAAGCAGCAUACGAGAGGGAAUCAAACACUAUUACGAUGAUCUGGACUUCAAAAACAUCCUGGAUUAUGUUCAAGAAAAGUUUUCCUGCUGUGGAGGGGAUGAAUAUAAGGACUGGGCAGUCAAUCAAUACCAUUUCUGCAACGGUACUGGUCCACUUGCAUGUGGGGUUCCAUAUACCUGCUGCGUCCCCGGUAAGGUAGGAGAAGUCAUUAACACCCUGUGCGGGUCCAAGGCUAUGGCUCUGGAUAAACAGCGUGAAACCCUGCAGGAGGUGAUCCACGUGCGCGGCUGCAUACAUGCAGUCAACCUUUGGAUGACUGACAACAUUGGAAUAACCAUCGCCUUGUGCUGUGCCAUUGGGCUGCCACAGCUGUUGGGCAUUGUCCUGACCUGUGUCUUCUGGAACCUCCUGGUGGAAAUGAGCCAGUCAGUUGACAUGGUGGACUUCAAGCUGAAGAAGCUGGAGUUCAAGUACAGCGAGCUGGACCUGGCCGGUGCCGGCUGCUGUAUGUGCCUGCCGAGAGACGGCGGCUACUUGCCCAUUCCGGUCGCCGAACCCGACCUGGACCCCAUUGAUGUCCACCUGCAGAAGCUGAAGAAGCAGCCGCCUCGCACUCACUCUCAGCUCCUCCACCUCCAGCAGUCCAGAUCGACCACCGGGCUGGACGAGGUAGAUGUCGGACGUAAACUGAAAAGGGAACACUAAUUAGUCUUCAUGCGUCAUUGUAAAAUUUGUAUUUGUUUGAUUUGUGUUGCACUACUUAAGGGUGAAACCUCUGCUGUUGGAUUUAGGGAAGUUGCUCAGCCAAACUGAUCCAAAAUACCUUGUCACUUUUUAAGAAUUUCCAACAACAAACGUAGAGCAGGGGUGUUCAAACUUGAUUUUUAUUGACUAUUCUAUACAUAAAAUGACACUUGAAACAUGACGGACGUUUACAUCAACAUUAAUGAGAUAAAACGUUGGAGUAUUGCGUGUUUGACACAAUGGAACCCAUUUAAGUCGGUCCCCUUCAAGUCGAUAAGUCCUGGUCCGCCGUCCACUUGUACUACUAAGUGCCCACUUAAAGGCCUACUGAAACCCACUACUACCGACCACGCAGUCUGAUAGUUUAUAUAUCAAUGAUAAAAUCUUAACAUUAAAGACAUGCCAAUACAGUCGGUUUCGUUUACUAAAUUGCAAUUUUAAAUUUCGCGCGAAUUGUCCUGCUAAACAAGUCGUGGUAUGAUGACGUGUGCGCGUGACGUCACGGAUUGUAGCGGACAUUUUGGUCAAGCACCGAUCCCAGCUAUAAGUCGUCUGCUUUAAUCGCAUAAUUACACAGUAUUCUGGACAUCUGUGUUGCUGAAUCUUUUGCAAUUUGUUCAAUUAAUAAUGGAGACGUCAAAGAAGAAAGAUGUAGGUGGGAAGCGGUGUAUUGCUGCCACCUUUAGCAACACAAAUACACCCGGUGUUUCCUUGUUUACAUUCCCGAAAGAUGACGGUGAAGCUUUACUAUGGAACAGAGCGGUCAAGCGAACAUGGUUCCCUACCACAUGUCAACCGGCAGGUUUCGGUGAGAGAAUGGUGGUAAUAAGUCGGCUCUCGCCGUACACACGAACGGAGAGCUUGCGGACUCUCUUGCCUCCCCCCACCGGAGACACUGGCGGUCACCACACCCGUGGCCACACCCCUCCGACUUUCAGGUUGUACAGGUAAAACCAUACAAUCUCACUAAAACACUGGUAACACAAUAAGCAGAUAAGGGAUUUUCCAGAAUAAUCCUAGUAAAUGUGUCUAAUAACAUCUGAAUCGCUCCCACUGCCCUCGUCUUUUUUUUUUUUUUUCUAUCCCUUAACUCUCACUUUCUUCAUCCACAAAUGUUUCAUCCUCGCUCAAAUUAAUGGGGAAAUCGUCGCUUUCUCGGUCCGAAUCGCUCUCGCUGCUGGUGGCCAUGAUUGUAAACAAUGUUCAGAUGUGAGGAUGUGAGGAGCUCCACAACCCGUGACGUCACGCGCACAUCGUCUGCUACUUCCGGUACAGGCAAGGCUUUUUUAUUAGCGACUAAAAGUUGCAAACUUUAUCGUGGAUGUUCUCUACUAAAUCCUUUCAGCAAAAAUAUGGCAAUAUCGCGAAAUUAUCAAGUGUGACACAUAGAAUGGACCUGCUAUCCCCGUUUAAAUAAGAAAAUCUCAUUUUAGUAGGCCUUUAAGUUGUGGUGGACCGCUUUUCACCACUACAUAAAAUGCCAUCCAUCUUCUUCCGCUUAUCCGAGUUCGGGUCGCGGGGGCAGCAGCCUAAGCAGGUGUGACAGACUCUCGCUGUCGUCCGGGUUCCAUGGACCACCAAAUAGGGACAUUGUUGAGCAGGGUUGUGACUUUGUUUAUUUUUGCCAAUAAAACCUCAGUGCAGGUCGCUUUUCAGCUCACCUUCUUCCUCUCUCGCUCCGCAUCAGCUUCCCUCUGGCUCCUUCUCGUCUCUCCGCCUCUCUUCCCGACGUUCACGGCCGUCGCCCUUUUAAACAGUGCGAGAGGAUUACUAAAUUAUUCCCAGGUGCGCGAUACAUGCACCUGAUCUUGAUUGUGGCGUCAAUCGCCCCGGCUCGCCGCUCGCUCGCCGUCCACGCCUCCUCGGUUUACCCUUUAUAGUACAUCACAAAUUUACAAUUUCACAUUACAACAUUGAAAAUUGGGUGAAGAAGCUCUGUCAUUCGGGAGGAGCUAAGAGUAAAGUCCUCUUAAUGGAGAGGCGCCAGAUGAGGUUUGAUUGAUUGAUUAUUAGUAGAUUGCACAGUACAGUACAUAUUCCCUACAAUUGACCACUAAAUGGUAACACCCCAAUAAGAUUUUCAACUUGUUUAAGUCGGGGUCCACGUUAAUCAAUUCAUGGUUUGGGCAUCUGGUCAGAACGCCCCGGGAUGCCUCCUUGGGGAGGUGUUUAGGGUACAUCUGGCAGGUAGGAGGACAGAGGGAAGACCCAGGACAGGUUGGAGAGACUAUGUCUCCUAGCUGGCCUGGGAACGCCUCGGGAUCCCCCAUGAAGAGCUGGACCAAGUAGCUUGGGGAGAGAGGAGUCUGGGCUUCUCUGCUUAGGCUACGACCCGACUUUGGGUAAGCGUAGAAACAUGUCUGUGACCGUCUUUCGCUGUCGUGGGGGUUCCAUGGACCACCAAAUAGGGACAUUGUUGAGCAGGGUUGACUUUGUUUAUUUUUGCAAACAAAACCUCAGUGCAGGUCGCUUUUCAGCUCCUCCUUUCCGCUCGCUCGUUGUCUGCCUCUGGCUCUCUUCUUCUCUCGCUCCGCGUCAGCUUCCCUCCGGCUCAGGGGUAGGGAACCUAUGGCUCGCGAGCCAGAUGUGGCUCUUUUGAUGACUGCAUCUGGCUCUCGGAUAAAUCUGAGCUGACACUACUUAACACAAUAAGUAAUGAAUAAUUCCACUUGUAAUCAUAGUGUUAAAAAUAACGUUAAAAAUAUAAAAAUGCUCAUGCAUUUGAAUCCAUCCAUCCUUUUUCCUACCGCACCUGUUCAAGAAGUUGCCUUAAGGGUAAGAAAUAAUUGAUUUAUUAUUGGUUAGUGUAGGGUUAACCCUCUUGGGGGUUCUUCAACAAGGCCCAGGUGGGCCAUUUGCACCCUUUCGCUGAUUUCGAGGCCGGUCCUGGCAACACCCCGCUUCGCUGCAGACCCGCAGGCCACGCUCCCUCCUAAGUUAGCUACUGAAUAACAAUGUUAUUACAAAGAAUAAGAGACCUAUUAUACCCUAGAAAUGUUGGUCUUACUUAAAAAUGUACACUUUUAGUUGUGUUCAGUAUUAAAAAUAUAUUAUAUGGCUCUUACGUUAAUACAUUUUAAAAUAUUUGGUUUCUUGGCUCUCUCAGCCAAAAAGGUUCCCGACCCUUGCUCUGGCUCCUUCUCGUCUCUCCGCCUCUCUCCCUGACGUUCACAGCUGUCGCCCUGAUCUUGAUUGCAGCGUCGCUCCCGGCGCGCCUUGCCGCUCGCUUGCCGUCCCCGCCUCCUUGCCGCCAUCUUGCGCCGGUUUCCGGCGUGCCCUGCCUCGCUGUCGGACCGCCGGCUCCGCCUCUCCACCGUAUGGAAGCCCAGACUACCCUCUCCCCAGCCACUUUGUCCAACUCCUCCCGGGGGAUCCCGAGGCGUUCUCAGGCCAGCCUAGAGACAUAGUCCUUGGUCUUCCUCGUGGCCUCCUACCGAAACACCUCCCUUGAGAGGGGUUCGGUUGGCAUUCUGACCAGAUGCCCGAACCACCUCAUCUAGCUCCUCUCUGUGUGGAAGAGCAGCGGCUUUACUUUGAGUUCCUCCCGGAUGACAGAGCUUCUCACCCUAUCUCUAAGGGAGAGCUCCGCCACCGGGGGGAGGAAACUCAUUUCGGCCGCUUGUAUCCGUGAUUUUGUCCUUUCGAUCAAAACCCAAAGCUCAUGACCAUAGGUGAGGAUGGGAAUGUAGAUCGACCGGUAAAUUGAGUGCUUUGCCUUCCGGCUCAGCUCCUUCUUCACCACACCGGAUCGAUACAGCGUCCGCAUUACUGAAGACUGAAGCCCGUCGAUCUCACAAUCCAUUCUUCCCUCACUUGUGAACAAGACUCCGAGGUACUUGAACUCCUCCACUUGGGGCAAGAUCUCCUCCCCAACCCGGAGAUGGCACUCCACCCUUUUCCGGGCGAGAACCAUGGAUUCGGACUUGAAGGUGCUGAUUCUCAUCUCAGUCGUUUCACAAUCUGCUGCGAACCGAUCCAGUGAGAGCUGAAGAUCCUGGCCAGAUGAAGCCAUCAGGACCACAUCUGCAAAAAGCAGAGACCUAAUCCUGCAGCCACCAAACCAGAUCCCCUCAACGCCUUGGCUGCGCCUAGAAAUUCUGUCCAUAAAAGUUAUGAACAGAAUCGGUGACAAAAAAAAAAUAUCAGUAACUCAGUAAAAGUGGUAUAAUGUAAACUACUGGUUUUAGCUCUUAACAUUUUAUGUAUGUCACUGUGACGGACUCCCGCCGUCGUCGUGCGGGUUCCACGGACCAUCAAGGAAGGACAUUGCUGAGCAGGUUUGACUCUUGUUUAUUUUUUCAAAUAACACAAGCUUUGUCUUCCGGUCGGGACGCUUUUCAGCUCCUUCUCGCUCCUCGCUUGCUUUUAGCCGGCCGCGUCGUCGCUGUCUUCGUCUGUUGCUCUUCGUUCGUCGUUGCAGGCUCUCCACCUCCUUCUGCCAUGAUCCCUCCUCCUUCUCCCCUUUUAUACAGCCAGAGGAGAUAAGAUGAUUGUGUGCCGGUGUGCGAGCCGUGCACCUUAUCUCGCUCAUAGCAUCGCUCCCGGCACGCCCCGCCUCUCCUCUCAGCGGCUUUCUCCGCCUCCUUGCCGCCAUCUUGGGCAGGGCUCCAGCGUGCCCCGCCCCGCCGCCGGACCGCCUGCUCCGUCUCUCCACAGUCACCAAUUGUGUUCAUAUAUAAAAUGUUUAGAGCUAAAAUCAGUAGUUUACAUUAUACCAUUUUUUGACAAACUUUUGAGUUCCUGAUGUUUUUCUAUUUAAAAUUAUUAAGAAAUACAUUUUUAAAUAAUUGACUGUGUGUCGCCACUUGUCAUUAAGGGUUGAUGGUGAGGCAAGCCGACAAAGCAGGUACACAGCAUGAAAAAGUGCACACAGUGACUUCCUGUUCAGUGCAAAAUAAAAAAAUAUGACACUCCUACCCUAGAUUCUACCACUGCAAUUAACAUAACGUUGUCUUUCUUAGAUUGUUAGCCACCGCACAAAAGAGUUGGCGUAUUUCCGUAAAACUUACAAAUGUAGUCAAGACCGCUGCAAGUUUACACUGAUCAUGCAUUCUUUGCACUAGCAAAUCCAUGCAGCGUAGACAAUAAAAUCCAACUGUGGGGGUCUUCCUCCCUCCGGGUUCCAUGGACCACCAAGGACAGACAUGACUGCGAGCAGUGUCUCUCGUCGGGUCGCUUUUCAGCUCCUCCAACUGCUCGCUCUUCUGGUUGCUUUUCAGCCGCACGCCGUCAUCGUCUGCGUCUCGCUCUUCAUUCACCGGCUCUCCAACUCCUCCCCUGUCCUUCUCUGCUGUUGCCUUUUUACACAGUGCAGGUCGAUUUAGUUAACUGUGCCUAGGUGGGCCAUCUACGCACCUGACGCUCGUCCCUGGCGCGUCCCGCCUCGCUGCAGGACUGCCGGCCACGCCCCCUCACACCAACCCAAACUUAAAAUAACAUUUAUUUUGCGAUACAACUUUGAGGGACCGGUGUCAAGAAGUAGUCACAACAGAUAUUAUAUUGAUGCGCACUCAAAUCUAAUUAAAGAUGAAAAGGAAUGAAGUGAAGUGAAUUAUAUUUAUAUAGCGCUUUUCUCUAGUGACUCAAAGCGCUUUACAUAGUGAAACUCAUUAUCUAAGUUAUAUUUAAACCAGGGUGGGUGGCACCGGCAGCAGGUGGGUAAAGUGUCUUGCCAAAGGACACAACGGCAGUGACUAGGAUGGCUGAAGCGGGGAUCGAACCUGGAACCCUCAAGUUGCUGGCACGGCCGCUCUACCAACCGAGCUAUACCGCCUCAGGUAUAACUCGAGGUGUUCCAUCAACAAUUGCCUUAUUUUAACAAAAAGUGUCAGGCCAAAGCGAUAUCAGCAAAAUAUUAUCAAGCAAAGCAACAGCAAAAAAAUUUCGCAUCAAAAGGCACACACUAGCUCAGCCACUGAUGCAUUCACGGCCUCACAAACAGUCGGACAACUCAACUUAAAAGGGUUUCCAUUGUAUCACGCCCACAAAAAUAAUCAAAUAUAAUAAUAAUUGAAACAUCUUCAACAGCUUAGCGUACAGUAUAAUAAUAAUAUAGUGGAAAUCAAAUGUCCUGCAUCCUAUAUCUGGAAAACCUUGAAAAUAAGCAUCAACUUUUGCUAAUUUAUUUGCUUUUUUAUUUGUUUUUUUGUCUCAUUUGUGAUGUGUUUUUUUCUGGUAUUUUUGGCAUUAAUUCAAUUUGAGCCUUUUGAAAUUGAGCAAACGUCUCAUGUGCUAAAAUGCUUACCUCAGGCUGUUUUUCCAAAUAGCCGUGUAGUCAAGAGGACAUCUUGUGUACAAAAACGAACUGCAGAGUUUUUCAGUGUGUGGAAAAAUAGGACUAGCCAAGUAUGUCACGCGUGUGUACAGGUUGUGUUACGCCUUUUUUUUUUUUUUUUUUUUCAUGAGUUUGAUUUCGUGCAGUCUGUGUACUUUGUAAAACCGAUAGUUGUGGAAUAACAAGAAUGCAUGUUUUGUACUGUGUAUGACCAUAAGCGGGUUUAUGAUACUUGGUUUACUUUGGAACAAAGGUUCAGGUUUACAGCUUUUUUUUUUUUCUUUUAACGACAUGCUUUUUUAUUUUGUCCAUCCCUCAAAGGGACAACUAAAGGGAAAAAAACAAACAGGCUGCAACUCUGUUUUAAAAAACAGUACCUUGACAGUGUUUGCCCAGACUACUGUUUUGAGCUUCUCUUCUGCUCCUGCCUUGUACCGACACUACUUCUCAUGGUAAUAAACCUGAAUUUGUCUACUGA